AUGGGCAGGAGUACAAUUGGUGAGAAUCAAGGCGCUGAUUUAAGUGGUGCCUCUUGUCAACUGAACGUUGCUUAUUUUGAAGGAGGUAGGGUGCGCCGGUGGGUUUGGGCCAUGGGAGAGGCCGUCGACGGCUGCAGGUUUGGGUUGCGGGAGAUGGGAAAGUGGAACGGUCAAAUGCUGCAACGCUAA